GGCAGCCUUAGGGCAGAGUAUGGGUAGCGACAGAGUAUAUAGACGGGCAUAGUAUAAAAGCGCGGCUCCCCUAGACACAUUAAUUAAAUUAUUUAUAUCGAGCCCAGCUUCAUCACGUCCAAACCCAUUAGUUUUGGAUCCCUAAUUCAGCCAACUAUCCUCCUGCCAUGAGCCUCGUAUAGUCGCAGCUCGCGCCCUCCAGUCUGUCCUCCUCCUCCUGGACCUCCUCCACCUUGCAAAUUCAGUCACCGUCGCCUGUCACCCGCCGUCUCUCCAGCCUUUAGCCUCGCGGGUUCCAAUCGCGACUGGCUCCAGCCUCCAGGCUCGAGCCCUCCAGAAUCCACGGAUAACUGCUCCACCUGUCCACCAGGCACUAGCACACCGCCUCCACGCCUCCACAGCAGCACAGCUCCACUCCUAGUUAGCCUUCUCCUUCACAAUUUACAAAUUCACAACCUCUUUUAUUUAAAACUGGUAUGAAAUUCACAUACUCCGUAUUUAUUUUGCAAUACCUACGGUAUUGCUUGCGGUUAAGUGAGUAUUAAAUUUGACAAAAUAUUGAGGGAUAUGUUGUUAGGUUUAGUAGAUCUACUGGAUUAUGAUAUUUUAUUCAAAUUGAAUGUCUUUAUGUCGGUAAUACGUAGUAUAAUUUAGGGAAACUUAUCGAAAAGAAACAUGUGGUUGGAUCCGUUUUUAGAUAGGUUCACAUGUUUCUUUUUUUAAAAAAGUGGUUCAUCUUGUUUGAACUUCUCUAUUAUAAGAGAGUCCUAGCGCCCGCUAUUAGAAAUUGCUAGAGAAAGACGAUGAACAGUAACUUCAAUUUUCAAAAAUGAUUUGAAAAUUAAAAAGAAAAAUAUCAGGAGGUGUGCUUUGCCAUCAGAAAGUACACCAGAAAAGUGAUAUUUGUGAAUUCAUUUUCAAAAAUUAAUUCAUACAAAUCCAAAGACGAAAGGUGGUUUGGAGGUCAUCUUGACGAGACACACCUUCCAGUAUUUUUCUUUUAAUUUUCUGGGCACUUUUAAAAAAUUGGAGUUAUUGUGCAUCGUUUUCCUUAGACAUUUUUAACGGCGUUAAGACCAUCUUGUAAUAACGGAGUUCAAAGAUAUGAACCACUUUGAUAAAAAAGGAAACACAUGACCUUAUCCGAAAAUGUGUUCAACCACAUGUACCUAUAAAUUAUUUUCAUAUUUUGUUCAUCUCAUUGGUGUUUUAGUCAAUCUAUUUAAUUUAUGACUAUUAGUAUUUAAUUUAGUAAUGAUGACAAUAUAGAUUAUUUUCAGAAAAACAUGAUAUUAGGAAAAAUCAGUUGUACUAUUUUUUUUUUAUAUUUUAAUACUAUUAAUAUAGUAUGCCUUUCUUUUAUAAAUGUCGCAAUUUUCUAUUGACAGACACAUUUGUAGAAUUAUUGCAUCACAUGAAUUUUACUCUUCUUAUAUUUAGUUUUGAAGUAAGCUCGAACUCUAAAAGUACCAGAUCUGCGACUGAUAGUGAUAGAGGCAUGACUUUUGAGAUUAAGCCAAUGAAGAAAUGCACUAAGAGCCACCAUAGGAGUGAAGAGCUUUGCUCCAUAACUAGGUUGCCUUGUGAGGUUCUCAAGGACAUAAUCUCGAGGCUGCCCAUCAAAUCUAUAGUUCAAUCGAAGUGUGUGAGUCGAUCUUGGAAGCUACAAUUUAAUGAUCCACAUGUUUUUCAAAUGCACAUUUCAAGAUGUCCAGGUUUUAAAUUUUUCUUCUUUCAGCAAUAUAAUGGAAAUGAGCUUUCAUUUAUUGAAUUCAAUAAUGAAAAUUUUGAUGAUGUCAAUGUGGGAACUGUGAGGAAAAUUGAUUCCAUGCCACUAAGCAUAAAACCAUCGAUAAUUGAAAAUAACACAUGGAGAAUAAUGAUAUUGGCUUCAAGUAAUGGACUUCUAUGCUUACAAGAUUACGAUGCUAUUACCGAUUGGACUUGUGUAUACAGUCCUUUUACAAGAGAUUAUAAACUUGUACCGAAGUUAGAUUCCAAAUUUUCUCCUUCAGCAUAUGGAUUUGGAUACCAUCGAAUCACUGGAGAGUACAAAAUAGUUAGAAUAGGUGUAUAUUCUGGGGAGGGGGAUAAAAAUUUAGAGGUCCAAUCAGAGGUCCACGUGUACACUUUGAGCAAGGAUGAAUGGAGAUACAUAGGGAGGGUGCCAGAUGAACAACUUGGUGAUAUGCAUGGAGAUGGAGUUUUGUUUUGUGGGAGACUAUAUUGGCCAAGAGCGCGUUCCUUUUCCGGAUUAAUGUAUUAUGACCUCGCCGAUGAUUCAUUGGGAAGUGUCCCAAUGCUUGCAGAGACUAUUUUGAAAGAUGUUCAGGAUUAUGAACUUGUUGUGUUAGGGGAUUGUCUAUCGGUGGCGGUGACAAAAUAUCAUGAUCUGACCGAGUGGAUUCAGAUUUGGGUAAUGAAAGAAUAUGGGUGUUGGGUUAAGAGGUAUACUUUAUUGUGGGAUGCAUUUAAAAAUUUAGACCCUGAAUGGGAAGAGUGGGAACGUUUACAUGUAAUAGGCCUUGUGGGCAGUGGAGAAAUCGUGCUAGAAUACGCAUCGCGAAUGAUGGUAUCUUACCAUUGUGAUACUCACAUUUGCAAGAAAAUCACUUUUGGAGGAUCAUUCUUGCCCACCUCAUGGAUCAAGAUAUCGUUGGAUGAUUCUUCACGCUAGCUUUGUUUUUCUAUUCUGAAAGUUUAGUUUCCAUGUUCACUUUAAUCAACUACUAGUGUCGUGCCCAUGCGAUGCACGGGAAAAUUGUUGAUUCUUUAUACAUGUUUCUUGUAAUUUUAGAAAUAAGAGUGAUAUACAAAUUAUCACAUCAUCUAUCUUGUUGAAUUUGAGAUUAUAGGAUGGCGUUGGGUGAAUUUUUUAUUGAUCAUUCAUAAAAAAUAAUUUCUUGCUUGAUUUGUUUUGAUUUAGAUAAUUAGAUGUGACAAGUCCAUGAGGCUAUUGAUG